GAUGCUUCCAAUUUCUUAACUUUUUCAGGGUGAAAGGAGAAUUUGGCCGUCUCCAGUAAAGUUCUUCAGUCUUUACUCUCUAGUCCCCGGGCUUCUUCUCCCCUGGCGGUGAGAACUUGAGCUCGAUCCCAAACCCCUAACCCCGACGAAGCCAGCCUAGGGUUUCCAAUUCCCAUGGGGCUGACAUCCUUGUCUCUGCCAUGAUCUCGGACGCCGGCCUCCUCUUCAACCGCCGCAAGCGCCGCCUCCCGGCUUCCGAUCUCCUCUACCCACACUUUCGCAGCCCCAAGCGGAAGCACUUCUUCUUCGAGUCCCCGCCUAUCCCACCGGAGGCGAGGUCUCUCGCGUUCGACAUGGGCAACUUCUUGUCUUCUUCCCUCCCGGACUGCAUGCGCAGGGACAGCGGCCUGGAGGUGUUCAGGGGCUGGGUCCGUGCGUCGCAGGAUGCGCGGGGUCUCACGGUGGCCACCAGUGACGAUGUGGAGUUAGGGCAGGUGGUGAUCCGGAGAUUCGACCCGACGAAGGUUGCAAGGCAGGCGGUGCCACCUCCGCGGGAGAAGAUGAAACCGUUCUACAAGGAAGCUCUUGAGAAGACAGGAUUGCACGACAAGAGGUUGGGCGAAAUCGAGGUGGAGGUCACGCUUCAAAAAGAGGUGCUUGAAGAGCUGCGGAAGGCUCCCAAGGAGGAUCUGUCUCAACUCUUUAUACCUCUAACUGCUGAAGAAGAAAAUGAAGUUCAUGAUUGUUUGUACGGUUAUGGUUCAAGUGAAGUCCUGGUGCUGCAUGAAUCGUCUAACAUUGAAGUUAGUAGAGAGAAAUUUCGGUGCUUGAGACCACAUGGCUGGUUAAAUGACGAGGUCAUUAAUUUGUACCUUGAAUUGUUAAAGGAGAGGGGAAUAAGAGAACCCAAAAGGUUUUUGAAAUGUCAUUUCUUCAAUACAUUUUUCUAUAAGAAGCUUGCAGGUGGAAAAAAUGGAUAUGAUUACAAAUCGGUUAAAAGAUGGACUACCUGCAGGAAAUUGGGUUAUGAGCUCAUUGACUGUGAUAAAAUCUUUGUCCCUGUACAUCAAAGUGUACAUUGGUGUUUAGCGAUUAUAAACAUGAAGGAAAAAACAUUCCAAUAUCUUGAUUCUCUUUGCGGCAAGGAUAGUCGUGUACGAAGAGUGCUGGAUAAAUAUAUUGCGGAUGAAGUGAAGGACAAGAGUAAUAAAGAGAUUGACAUAAGCUCUUGGAAGGAAGCAUCACUUGAUUAUGUUCCUUUACAACAGAAUGGGUGGGAUUGUGGUAUGUUUAUGCUCAAGUACAUUGAUUUCUACAGCAGAGGGCUUAGCUUAUCUUUUGGUCAGGAACACAUGGAAUACUUUCGGAUGAGAACAGUAAAGGAAAUCUUAAGACUAAGAGCUGACUAAUGGAUGCAUUUCAUUUUCUUUUGGAAAGGAGGUUGAUUAACUUGUGUUAAUAUUAGAUUUAAAAGAUGCUCGUUUCUCCUUGGGAAACUGAAGAGUUGUUGGUCUGUGACCUGAAGCUACUGGCGUUGAAGAUUGUUGUCAUAUUCCUGUAAAGCUCUCUUACUUAUGGAGUUAAAAGGCGGGCAAGAAAAUCUUUAGUAGGUUGAGCAAAUUGCUCUCUAGAAGGUUAAGUACUGAAGUAUUGGCAUUUUUACUCUUGUUAACUCGUUUUAGUUCUACACUGGAAGGUAUUUUGUCUUAGCUUGCUGAUGUCGAUAACAUUAUCUUAGUAUUCUUCUGCUCUGUUCUUCAACUUCGGUGAUGAUUACCCCAGCACAUGGAAAGAUCGUUUGUGGCA